AUGCUUCUUCGGCAAACCCGCACAAGAAUAGGCGCCCAAUGUCAGCCAAAUUCCCAACUCUCCCUUGCGAAACUUCACAAGCCCAUUGCUGUCCGCUUCGCAUCGCUCUUUGGGGUGAAUGAUAUAGGAGUAUCGUCUGGGACCCUUGUUUUUGACCUUGGAAUCGUGAAAACGUUUCUGCUGACCAUCUCAUCCCGCAUCUAUGAUUACUCCAUACUGGAGGCUUCGAUUCCUGCAUUUUUUUUGCAAGGCGGUUCGGGUAAAGAGAUGGCGACACUACGCAUUGCUCUGCGUCAUUCUUCGCCUAAUCCUGAAGAACUUCCACUGUCCAUGAUUCUCUCGACGAUUCACUUGCGCUUUGAGACAGAUCGCUAUAUCGAGUACAAGAAUACGGAGGAAAUGAAUUGA